AUGUCUCUUUUCCGGCCUGUUCUAGGCUGGCUCACUGGAAAGUUGUAUGGACGUGCCCACGAGAGACAACAUGCACCUCCUUCACUACCUCUGACCGCGGCGAAUGACACCCAGUCUCUGCCGGGUCAAUAUCCGGCUCAAGAGACGCUCGAGGUCGGCUCUUUGCCAGGAGUGCCCGCCGCGUCUGCGCCCCCCCUCACAGACUCUGAGCUGCGGACUGUCAAUUCAUUCAUUGAAGCCGCUAUUCUGGAGCUGAAGAGUCAACAAUCCCGCCUUUUACCGCAUGGACAUGAGCUCCCUCAUUCUACCCCGAUCCCCAUCGACAUCUCCAGCAGAACGCCCCCAAGGUUCGCGGGCAUUUUGAAUGCCCAUCUGGAACGAAAUGAGGACUUUUCGUUACAGGGCUGGAAGUCUCUCAUUACGGAAAUGCUUGAUAUGGCGCACUCGGCCCAGGUCUUGAUUGCGGGCGCACAGCUGGAGCCACCACAAGCAGCUCUGAAUGACCACUCUGUCGCGGUCACGAAGCCACCGUGGGUGGAUAAGUCGACCGAUGGUGCUGGCACGGUGCAAAGGGGGAUUGCAUUUUUGUCGUUUCUCGUACAUCACAGGCCGACAUAUCACCCGCAGGAUCAGCGGCUUCGAGGACAACCACUUCCCUUGGCCGAGAUAUUAAAACUUGUCCAGCUUGUCAAUGCAUCCUCCGAAGGAAUCGCAAAAUUCCAAGCCCCCCUAGUCCAUACGGCGGAGGGCACAAUGCCGCCCGAGUUCAGCUAUUCUGGGCCUGGAGAGAGAUCACAAUGCAACAUUCUCGGAACCCAAGCUGCUGACAAGGCAUCAGAUGCCGCGGUAAAGUUGACGGACCCGACGCCCAUGCCGAGAAAGCGCAAACGUGUCCACCUCACCUUCCCACAUCGACGCCGUCACCAGUUGCGCCGCCCCUUGAAUCGCCUUCGUCCAAGUACAGCACACGCACCGCAAAAGAGCCCUCAUCUACCUGUUGACGAGACUCUGGACGAGGUCACUAUCACAAGACUUAUCGAGUUUUUUGCAAGUGAAAAGCCUCACCUUGCGCAUGAAGGCCUCCGCCGUCCCUCGCUGGGCUUGUUAACACCAUCUGCUUCUGACGAGGAAGACCAAGAUUCAAGCCCUUUCCUUCUAGAUGCUGCCGACAGGGAUAUACUGGGAUUGUCUACGGCGAGCGCGGGCAGCGCUAAACGCAAGUCUGAGGAUGACGCCGACAAGAAGGCUUGGAAGCGUCUGCGGAUACGGAAUGGCCGGUACGCAUCAAUGUUCGCGACCGACCACCAGGAGAACGACGACCCGGUUAUCAAGCCACGGUCUUUGCAACCCAGAACGGCCCCUCCUCCGAUUUGGGCAGUUGACGAUGAACUGGACUCUCCACGCCUGAGAAUCAGCUCCAGCAAGGAAGAGGAAAUCAGGCUCAAGCUCCAACAAAGGCACGAAAAGGAAGAGGCCGCGCGCAUAGAAAAGUUGAAGCGGGAGGAGGAAGCGCGCCGACGCCGAGAAGAAGCCGAGCGACAGAGGCUGGCGGAGGAGCGAAGGUUGCGCUUUGGUUUACGACAACCAUCGCGCCAGGUGAUCGCGCCGAUGGACGAGACAUGGCAAGCCAAAGUCAGUGCUACUCUGCACGGGUCUCCCGCUACGGGCGUGGUGAAGUCUCCAGAGGGCACGACGCUCACGGCCAGCGACUUUUCCAAGGUCGUCCCCGCCAAGGAGUGGCUGAACGACGAGAUCGUCAACAGCUCUCUGAUCUAUCUUGUCAAGUAUAUCAACGACACAACGGGCACCAAAAAAUGCCAUGCCUUCAAUUCCUUCUUUUGGAAACAGCUGACGGCCAAAGGGGCUGCCGGGACAGUGCGAUGGAUGAAGCGUGCAGGAGUUACAAAGGACAAUUUCCUCGGCUUUGACACCAUCUUGAUCCCUAUCUGCUCCGGACUUCACUGGACCUUGGUGGUUGUGCAGCCCCAGCAGCACAAGAUUGCACACAUGGACUCGAUGGGCCACCAGGGAUCUGGCCGGAAGAAUGUGACUGAUAUUGUUCAUCAAUGGGUCAAGGAGUUCCUCCAGGAGAAGUAUACGGCCGACUGGGAGGUCGUGAACUUCAAGUCCCCGGUCCAGAUCAACGGCAACGAUUGCGGCGUGCAUACCAUUACCAAUGCCAUGUUUCUGGCUCUGGGCCUUGACCCAUCUUUCUACAGAGCUGAGGAGAUGCCGCUACAACGGAGGCGCCUAGCAGCCGUGUUGCUGAACGGCGGGUUCACGGGCGACUUCGAUCUAGCGGGAGUUUGA